GUGCACGCUGACGUCAGUGGCAGGGCUCGCUCGGAGUGCGCGGCGGAGCCGCGAGCGAGACAGAGGCGCCAUGCGCCUUCGCACGGGCACAGCGCGGCUGGGGACGGUCUCGGAGUCGGGGACGCAGUGAGAAACGUCGUUUUCCUCAAGCCGGAUUACAGUCUCUACUGAGCGCGCAAAUGGGGUAGCCGAUGGUGUGUGAUGAAAUUGUUUUCUCCAGAAAUAGAGGCGGACGGUUCUUGUUUUUUUUUUUUUUUUUUUUCCCUCCUCUGGCUUGUUGUGGCGUGGCUCGUGGAUCACUUCCAAACUUGCGCCGUGGCAGCGCGCGGAGCGCCGCGUUAUUUAAAGGGACAUCGCCCGCGGUAGCUCGUGGCCAUGGAGAAGGACAGCGGCAGCGAGGGCAGCGCGUGCGACGGCACGCUGGACUCGGAGCGCGAGCGGCAGUUCUGCGAGCUGUGCGGUAAGAUGGAGAACCUGCUCAAGUGUGGCCGCUGCAGAAGCUCCUUCUACUGCAGCAAGGAGCACCAGAAGCAGCACUGGAAGAAGCACAAGCUGGUGUGCAAGGAGGCGGACCGAACCGACAACCAGCAGCAGCAGCAGCAGCAGCAGCAGGCGGACGAGCAGCAGAGCACAACCCAGGCGCCGCACAAGGGCUCGGAGUCGGAAGGGACGCGGACGGGCACGGCCGCGCAGAGCGUCCCCGAACCUGGGUCUGCGCUCACAAUGAAGGAGCCCGUCGUCAGCAGCAGCAGCGCGGCUGGAUCGAGCAGAACGGCCGCGGGCAAAGAAGCCGGAGACGGAGUGACAGUAAGCAGCAGCAGCAGCAGCAGCAACAACACCAAAGCCAACGGACAGAUGCGGAGCUCCUCGCAGAAAUUAGCGACGGAGUAUAUCGUGCCGUGCAUGAACAAGCAUGGAAUAUGCGUGGUGGACAACUUUCUGGGAGAGGAGGUGGGACUGCGCAUCCUGGAGAACGUGAUCGCGCUCCACAAGACGGGCCGGUUCACGGACGGACAGCUGGUGAGCCAGAGGAGCGACUCGUCCAAAGACAUCCGAGGAGACAAAAUAACGUGGGUCGAAGGACGGGAGCCGGGCUGCGAGAACAUUGGCUUUCUCAUGAACCGCAUGGACGACCUGGUCAGGCACUGUAACGGCAAACUGGGAAACUACAAGAUCAAUGGAAGGACGAAGGCAAUGGUGGCAUGUUACCCUGGCAAUGGAACGGGAUACGUGCGGCACGUGGAUAACCCCAAUGGCGAUGGGAGAUGUGUCACUUGUAUAUACUACCUUAAUAAAGACUGGGAUCCCAAGGAGCACGGAGGUCUGCUGCGGAUAUUCCCGGAGGGAAAGGCGCGCUUCGCGGACAUCGAGCCCCGGUUUGACAGGCUCCUCUUCUUCUGGUCGGACCGCAGGAACCCCCACGAAGUGCAGCCUGCGUACGCUACCAGGUAUGCAAUAACAGUGUGGUACUUUGAUGCAGAUGAGCGAGCUCGGGCUAAAGAGAAAUACCUGACAGGUAUGCUGUAUGUCAGCAUGGUUUAUAGGUCACUCGCGGUCUGUCAGCGACAUCCAUACGGGACCAGCAUUCUCAUCUGUGCACCUUUCCUCUGAGCAGCUAAGAGUUGUUUUGAUAUUUCCGUCUCCCGUGUACUGCCUAAUCUGUACAGUAAUCUGAUAUGUGCUCAGAAUAUUUAUUGUUAAAUAAUAUGUAAAUUAAUUUAAAAGAAAUGAAUAUAAUAUUAAUAAUGGAAACUGUACUUCAGCCCAUGAAACCAUACAUUAGCUGUUUUUUUUUUUUUUUUUUUUUUCUUUCUUCAAGUCAUGAGAUCCUAAUGAUGCUCAAAACAUUGCUCAUAAUGGUCCCAUUGGGUAAAAUUCCUGCUUUCAGGAAACCGCUUAACUGUCGACUGCCGGAUAUACAAAGAAAAAGGAUUCUCCGGCUUCCUUUUAUAACGUGCAGCCGCCGGCAGCGUGGCCGUGCCAUUCGAAAACAUCUUGAGACUUGCACGUUAAAUAAGGCGUGUUAACCAACCGCAGCUGUCCCGGGCAGCCGGCGCUUUACUCACACAGUGACGUUUGUUCCCGCACUGUUUAUUGCUGCUGUAAAUCAAGGCUAGACAUGAAAUCGUUGCACUCUUGGGAAUUCGGCAGAAGUAGGCUGCCAGAAUGGACCGUUCUCCUUUUCUUUCCGCGCAGGUGCUGGAGAAAAAGGAGUAAAGGUUGAGCUCAACAAAACUUCGGAUCCCAGCUAAGCUGCUAAAGAGCUAAGAGGUGGAGGAGGUCAGCUGUCAAAGUCCUACCUGCUUCUGGGUCAUGUGGCAAAAAAAAAAGGCAGCGUGCGAAAGAAGAGGCAGAGUAACGAGUCACCUUGGAAACGGAAGAGACGUCAGUUGUUUUCCAAAACUCCCGCUGGACGCGGCUUAACACCUUGACGUUGAAUGUCACGUCAUUCAUUGCACUGUAUGUCAAUGGUUUUUAUCGCUGACAUGAAAGUAAAGUUGGACAAAGCAUUUGAAAAGUUGUGAAAGUAACGAAAGGUACAACAUACUGUAUUUGCAAAAUCUGUCACGAAGUUAAGCUUCUUGUUAAGCUUUUAUUAUUUUUGGCUGAACCGAGAAGCAUCACCAAAUAUGUAACUUUUUCAUGUUCCCUUAAUACAGAGACCUGCCUUUCAGUGGCAAGCGUGUGAGGCUUGUGCUGCUUUGCUUUGUUCUGUGCUGUAUAGCUCUGAAAAUUUCGAUUGGAAAUGUGAUGCCUAGGUGGUGCGAGUAGAGCCCCACCACACCAGACAGCUCUCUGCUGGAGCGGAUUUAAAAUGGCCUUUAUCCUGAACCAAAGCCAAAACCUUGAACCGUAGCUCUACUUUGAAAUAAAAAAAAAUUAAUUUCCAAGUGCAGUGUGCGUUUGCAGGCUAUUUUUUUU